CAACACAGUUCCAUUAGUUUUCUUUGUAGCCUCGUUUGAAUGUCGCGGUUGCGCACAUUUGUACGGAAUGGGGUGAGUUUACGUUACAGUACUCAGCUAACGUUAGCUAGUUUAGAUAGCUAUUCAGCUCAUCCCAACUAAGCUAAUGCGUCAGAUGGUUAGUAGUGCAAGUCUGGAAUUACUCUACCAACGAUUUGGAAACCAAAAAUGCUUACGGUCAAUACACGAAGCGAUUCCUCGUCUCUGUGUGCUGUUAAAUAUUAACCGCCGACUUCUGCCGAUGCAUGAACUCAGUCUGACAACUCUCGAUAACGUCCCCAUGGCCAUGUUGGUUAUUGGUUAUAUCACGCUGCUGCUGUAGGGAAAUGUAGUUCCAUUACGCAAGAUACGUGUAGUUGUUAUAUUGGGUUGCUUGCUUAGUUUUCUUCUAUACUUUUUCAGGAAAGGGCACAUUUUUCUCGUUAUUUAAUUAAAAUAUAACUUAAGGUCGAUUGUUUGCCUAAACCAGAUACAUUAAGGGGGCAUAAACAGAUAAACAAACUAAAACUAAAAUAGUUUCUACUGCAUAUGCCUUUGACGUAAGCCACCAGCGCGGGAGUUCUUCGUCAUUCAGUCCUUCUUUUUGCAGUGUUCUGAGUUUUAUGGUUCCGACCACUUCGAUUUGCAUCGUUAUAACGUACCAGCAUGGCACCUAAAAUGAGAACCCGUGGAACCACAAGAACACUACAAUCCAGCAACGAUGAAGAGACAAAAACUAAUGCCCACAGUGAGGACUCCCCAUUGGAGGUUGGUCAGGCAGUCAGGGGGAAGAGGAAAGGUUCUGGAAAGACUGGAAAACAGGAGAGUUCAAAGGCAAAAAAAUCCCCUGUACAACCACAGUAUUGUCACUGGCUGAUGAAGUCAGAGCCAGAGAGCCGCUUGGAAAAUGGCAUAGAUGUCAAGUUUGGGAUCGAGGAUCUGAAGACUCUUCCCAACCAAACUGGGUGUUGGGAUGGUGUUCGGAACUAUCAAGCCCGUAACUUCAUGCGAGACAUGAAAGAGGGGCAGCAUGCAUUCUUCUACCACAGCAACUGCAAGGAGCCUGGAAUAGCUGGAGUUAUGAAGAUUGUAAAGGAGUCCUAUGUGGACCACACUCAGUUUGACAAGAAAGAUGUCCAUUACGACGCCUCCAGCAAGGCAGACAACCCCAAAUGGAGUAUGGUUGAUGUCCAGUUUGAGAGGAUGUUGAAGCGCUUCAUUCCUCUGUCUGAGUUGAAGAAGAUCCACCUGCAGCACAAGGCCAAAGGCGGGUCCCUGAAUGGCAUGGCUCUCUUCACCAGGGCCAGGCUGUCUGUCCAGCCCCUCACCAGUGAGGAAUUUGAAUUUGUCCUGAGUUUGGAGGACAAUGACCCACUGUGAAGAUUUUGACAAGAUGACCUGGAGAGAAGUUUUCCUGUCUUGUGUAUGAUGAUGCUGCUGAUAAUGUUUACUGUAGGUGAGAUCUAUUGAACCAUUAUGCUUGUAUUAAAUGAAAAUUGUCUCAAGGUUUCUGUUUGUCAAGAGACAGCCUGGAGUUUAUUUCUAAUAUUAAAGAGGUAUUAUUGACAGUU